AUGCGCUGCCGCUCCGCGCCGCAGAACCGCUCGUCCCCGCUCACCUCCAGGUUCGCCGCCGGCGCCGCGCCGUCGCCGGUCCAGGAAAUGGCAGCCGAUUUCGCGGCGGAGUCGAUCGCCGCGACGCCACCUCGGGCGUCCCCCUCCCAGCGCAAGCCGGACAUGGUGUCACCUUGGGCGUCCCCCUCUCCGCGCAAGCCGGACAUGGUGUCCCCUUGGGCGUCUCCCUCCCCGCGGAAGCCGGACAUGUUGCAGUCACCACGGGCGUCGCCAUCUCCGCGCAAGCCGGACAUGGUGGCGGUGGAAAGCAACGACGAGAAGCGGCAAGAAAUGGCAGUAUCCACGCAGGAAGACGAGGAGAAGCCGCACGAACAAGAUCACGAAGCCGACGACGACGAGGAGGAGGAAGACGAAGCGGAAGAGAUGCGGUGCUCGUCGGCGCGGCCACUGGUGCUGCAGAGGUGCAAGUCGGAGCCGGCGACGACCGCUGCGGCGAAGAUGUCUACUGGUGCCGGGGCCGAGGGGGCGCCGUCCGGCUGCUUCUGGGCCAACGGCGGGAGCAGCGGGCGGCGGAGGCACGCGCCGCAGAUGUCGCCGGCGGCCGCCGCCGCUGCGGUGGCUUUGACCGGUCACUGA